AUGUGGGCUUCACCUCGUUAUGCUUGUUAUAUUUUCAGACUUCUUGACGAAAUUCAUAGACAAGAACGUGAAGAGCUAGAGAACAAGCUUGAAGCAAAAGACAAAAACAUACAGAAAAGAAUACCACGUUCGGUACCAAAAGGAAAGGAAAAGAACUAUAAGUAUAUGAUUUAUACUGAAGAGAUGGAAAAUGAAGAAGACAGAGAUAUGGUUAUGUUGCAUUUAGUCAGAAGAAACAACAAAAGCUUUUACGACCUUGCUAAGAUUUACAAAUCUAACAGAAAUUGGUUCUAUCGCGAAAACUUACCGAUUUCAAUGACACCAAAUGAAGAUGUGAAACAAAUAGUUCAAGAUACGUUACCUCAAACACACUAUGAUAUGAAAGGUUGUACAAUACUUACAUUCAAAGAAGACUUACCGCUACUGAAAGAAAAAAUAACAGAGUAUUUUGACAACUUCAAACAAGCAGAGUAA